ACAGGUAUCUGGACCAUUGCCUAUUUCUGAUUUAAUAAGCUCUGAAGGCAAAUCAGUAUUUGCUUAGACCACGAAGGGAUGAGUUAUGGAUCACAGACUUCUGCGUGUGGAACUAAAUGAUGGGCACUUCAUUCCUGUCCUGGGAUUCGGCACCAGUGUACCUAGCAAGGUUCCUAAAAGUAAGGUAACGGAGGCCACCAGAUUAGCUAUAGAUGCUGGAUUUCGCCAUAUUGAUUCAGCAUAUUUGUACCAAAAUGAAGAGGAAGUAGGACUGGCCAUCAGAAGUAAGAUUGCAGAUGGCACUGUGAAGAGGGAGGACAUCUUCUACACUUCAAAGCUUUGGCCCACUUUCAGUAAACCAGAGUUGGUCCAACCAGCAUUGGAAAUGUCACUGAAAAAACUGCAACUGGACUUUGUUGAUCUCUAUCUUAUUCAUUUCCCAACACCUUUGCAGCCUGGGGAGAAGGUUAUACCGCAAGAUGAACAUGGAAAGCUGUUGUAUGACACAGUGGAUCUCUGUGAUACGUGGGCGGCCAUGGAGAAGUGUAAGGAUCUGGGAUUGGCCAAGUCCAUUGGGGUGUCCAACUUUAACCGCAGGCAGAUGGAAAAGAUUCUCAACAAGCCAGGGCUGAAGUACAAGCCUGUCUGUAAUCAAGUGGAAUGUCAUCCUUACCUCAACCAGAGCCAAUUGCUGGCUUACUGCCGAUCCAAAGAUAUUGUCCUGGUUGCCUACUGUGCCCUGGGAACUGCACGAGACGAACAGUGGGUGGACCCAAGUUCCCCAGUUCUCUUGGAAGAUCCAGUUCUCUGUGCCGUGGCAAAAAAGUACCAGCGGUCUCCAGCCCAGAUCGCGCUUCGCUACCAGCUGCAGCGUGGGGUUGUGGUGCUGGCUCAGAGCUUCAAUGAGAAGCGGAUCAAAGAGAACAUGCAGGUAUUUGAAUUCCAGUUGACUUCAGAGGAUAUGAAAAUCUUAGAUGGCCUGAACAGAAAUUUUCGAUAUAAUACAGCUGAUUAUUUUGCUGGACACCCCAACCAUCCAUUUGCUGAUGAAUAUUAACACGGAGACCUGUGUCAUGACCCCCAUCAGAAGCUCCUGCUGAUGAGUAGUGGUGCGGGCUCUGUUUCAGGUACAGCUUUCUGGCCAUGAUACUUCUUGUUCCUGGACGCUGUUUGUCAACUGACACACAGCUGGCACAAGUCUACAGGUCUACAAGGGAAGACACUCAUCUUUGUUGCAUCCAGAAAGUGAUGAACAGUUGUUUGCCAUAAAGAUUCAUCCUUUACAAUCUA